AUCACCAGAUAAUCGCCCAAAUAAAAGACUGCAACAUUCAAUUCGCCUGGACACGAGAAACUUAUCAACAUGAGAAACCUACAGGAGCUUGGAUGACCAGCAAUUUGCCAAAAAAUCUAGGCGCCCAUGUAUAG